AUACCCAGCACCCACACGCCCGCAUCCACAGCCAUCUCCACUCCCAGGCUCACAAGCUCGCCCUUUUUCUCAAGCAGCUUCACCACUACGCCCAUCUCGCCCACAAGCACAGCAAGCACAAGCACGCCCGCGAAGACGCCCGGGAGUCGAAGGCCGCCCACGACACCCGGCAGACGGCGAAGGACGCCCCCGGGUCGGCCGACGCCCGUGGGGACAGCCCGGAGGCUUCCAAGCACGCCCGAAGCUGCGAUAGGCACAGGCACAAGCACGCCCGCGCUGCUGCCUUCGCCGACGGGAACGCCCACGCUCACAGACCCUGCAGACACUCGCACGCCCGCCCUCAGGCCGCCCACGCCGAGAAGCCCUACUGCGCCCGCCACAGGUGCCCCGUCGCUCCCGCCCGCGCCGACAAGGAGAACGCGCCCGAACACCACAAGCACUGUCAGACACACGCCCACCCGUGCAAGGCCCACAGCGCCCCGCCCGCCCUCCCGCCCUGCUGCAGAUGCGCGGCGAAAGACCGCCCACGAAGACCCUCAGCGCCUGCCGCCCACCGCCCGCACAGUGACCCAAAAGAAGGCCCGCGCAGCUCGGAAGACGCCCACAGGUGCCCCUUGUCCUCCCGGAAAGCCACCCAAAGCACCCCACGCCCGCACGCCCAUGCAAGACACACGUCCUCGUCGGCAUCAUCGUCAUCGUCUUGCUCGCAUGCCGCCCAUUUCUGCCGCUUCGUCUCCGUCUGCACCCGCCGCCCGCAAGCGACGGCCGCCCACGCCGAGGCCGCCCAUAGAGCCCACGCGAAGGAGGAAGGACACAGCUGCAAGAAUGGGGCUCCGUCGCAGGCAGCACACAGAUAAUAAUCACAGGGAAAUUCCAGCCUUAUCAUCGCCGUCACUAUCCUCACCCUCAUCUCCAGCGUCAUCAUUAACCUCAUCAUCGACCUUGAUUGACCCAUCACCAUUAUCAUCACUUUCCUCGCAACAAGCGUGGUUGCUUCCCGUCUAUGAAGUAAACUGGAAAUCGACAGUUUCACCUGAGAAAACGGAGGGCGUCGUAGGGCAAACUAAACUAAGCUGGCGUGAGGUCCAACGUGAAGAAAGAGAGAACUCUACCAUUCAUGGCAAUUUUACGCGUAAAAGUAAAAGUUAUAGAUAUGGUAGCAGAAAUGAUAGCAGCAGUAAGGCCAAAACUAGUGAAUUUACGCUUAGGAGCAUUGAUUAUAAGCUUAAUAUUAAGGAAAAUAAGUCAUCACUUGACGGUAAUCCAUUGAAACGGCGCUUUAUCGACGCUAAAACUUUUGCAAGAACUUUUGAAGGAUUCGAUGCCGGUGAUAUCAACAAUAACAUCGAGAAAAGAAACAUUGAGAAACGAAACGCGCGGGAGAAACAAGAAAAUGGAAAAGACGAGGAAGAGAAUGUGGAAAAUCUCACGGCGAAAAAUAUCUCGGAUGAAGGCAGGCAAAAUCAGACGAGGAGCGAAGAUGACACAAGGAUAAAUGACGAAGAAGAAAGCACCGACAAUGAGAAUGCGGGAGAAGAGAGACCCACCGAGAAGAAGCACAAGAAGAGGAGGAGGAGGCGGAGAGGGAGAGGAAGAGGGCGAAGGAGAGGACCCAGGAGGAGAAACGACCUGUCACUCUGGAUUGACAGACGGCAAGUGAAGAUGUUCAGCGGUUACGUCAUGGAGAUCUUCGCCAUCCACGACGGCCACGUUCUGCCGUACAUCCUGGACCCCAAUUUCGAGAAGCAUCUGCCCGUGAUCCCGUCGGAGGUCGAGAGCGUCAACUUCACCUGGCAGGCCGGUCGAAAACGCUACGAUUAUACGUUUGACCGCCUCUACUCGCAGGAUGAGGAUAUCCUACACGCCCCUGUGGUUUCCAUGGCCACUCACGGAAGGAUUCCUAAGAAGCCAAAGGUUUUCACGAUCAACAUCCAGUGCACAGGAAAUGCAUCUGGAGUGGCUACCUUUGGAAUCGGGUUGCUGAUCCAGUCUCUGAAGGGGAAGCCACUCCCUGGGACUCCACUGAGACUCCAACUCAGGAAGGAGUGUACACAGCAUGGUCCCGACCCAGAAUGUGACCAGAAAUGCGAGAACGGCGGGGUGUGCGACGUGGACCAGCGCUGCAUCUGCCCAGAAGGGUACAUGGGCCAGUACUGCAACACGGCCCUCUGUUACCCCCAGUGCAUGAACGGGGGCACCUGCACUACCCCGGGGCGUUGCUCCUGUCCCCCUGGCUUCCAAGGGCGUCACUGUGAGGGAGGGAUCUGUCGUGACAAAUGCGAAAACGGAGGCAAGUGUGUGCAGAAGGAUACCUGCGAAUGCGCGUACGAAUACUAUGGAAACAGAUGCGAAUUUAGCAAAUGUGUCAUCCCUUGUGUCAACGGAGGAAGGUGCCGUGACGUGAACAAGUGCCGCUGCCCCCACGGCUUCGCUGGCGACCACUGCGAGAUCGUACUGGGACAGCUGGGCACCGACGCCUUGAACAACAGCCGCUGUUCCAGGAAGUGUAAAUAUGGGACCUGCAGUGGGUCCGUGUGUGAGUGCGAGCUCGGUUACUCUGGCCGCUGGUGCAGAAGGCGAUCGGGCAAGACAGUGAGACGGAGAAUUUGGCUGUGAGAAUAACGAAGGAGCCAUGUUGUAUCUCCAUGUUGGCUGCGUUCAUUCACUUUUGAAAAAUACAAGUGUAGUAAACCUUCUAUAGUUGCACAUUAUUAUUUUUGCUUAUUUGAGAGGAUUCAUGUCUACUAUAGGCCUACAGUAAUACUAUAGUAGUACAUUUUCUUUGGGUUGUAUCAUAGUUAAUGUUUAGAUUUUUUUUUCUUUUUUUUCGUUAUUCAUGAAACUAUGGAGAUUUACUUGAAUAUAUUCGUAAGUUCUGUAGACUUUAUUUUAAUAUUUAUCAUUACAAAUUGCUAACGGAAUAUGUAGAUUCACGUAAAUAUAGUCCCAUGCGGUUGAUCUUUUUGUAAACUCUUUAUGAUUAUAAAUUGCAUGCGGAAAAUGAGGAUUCUCACGGAUAUGCUAAUGAGUAAAAAGAUUUUAAAGAAUAAUAACAAGAAACCUCAACAUGAAUUGAGAGAUUCGGACUAAGUCAAGAAUAAAAAAAAUAAGUGAGCAGCAACAUGCGCGGAGAACAUGGCUUUGAGAUCUCGGUGUACAUGAAAAGACGAUUUUAAUUAUCCACAUAUAAUUGCCUUCAUAUUUAGAUGAAUAAGAAUACCAUAGCUGGUCCUUUACAAUGCACAUCACCAUAACGAAUAGCUCUACUAACAUCCAUGUUAUAUCUUUGCCAUCAUUCUAACCGCUGUUUGUGCACGCUUUCUGGCCACGUGUACGCUAUAUAGUCUUUUUUAUAUAUUUGCUCUUAUGUGCCAUGUAAUUAAGUGAUAUGUGUUUGUAGAAGCAUUUUAGCAGUGUGACUUUGAAGUCUGUAUUAGCGUUAAGGAAUAGAGAAUAAAUAAUAAAACUGGUGUGGUUGUAUAACAAAUAGUAUAAACGAACACCGACAUAACUGUGAUGUAGGUUAGUGCCAAAUAAAGUGAUCAUAUACACCUUG